CUCUCCUCUCCUCUCGCGGCGCCUCCGUCCGGAUCAGGGAGAUCAGUUAGAUGCACUCCAGCACCACUGAAGACAGAGCUGUGAAGCAAUGGAAAGAUCCGGGCAAGUCCUGUCUGAAAUGUCCCUUCAGGAGGACAAGGAAGAGGAUGGGACAGCCUCUGGUGUCUCUUCUCCUCCUCUCUGCUUGAACGAUGUAGAAAACAUGCGGGUGGAGAUGUUGGAAAAGGCCAGGGAGCUCUUCCAGCUCUGUGACAAGGAGGAGAAGGGCUUUAUAACCAAGCUUGACAUGCAACGGCUACAAAGUGAGCUACCCCUUACUACAGAACAGCUGGAAGCUGUUUUUGACAGCCUAGAACAAGACAAUAAUGGCUAUCUCACCCCAGUUGAAUUUAGUAUGGGACUAGGGAAAUUCAUAGGAAUUGAGCAGUACCAGAGCUAUGGAAGCAGCCGGCAUGAGGAGACCUUUGAGUCUGGCUGGUCAGAUGACUUGGACCAGGCAGAUGAGGAAGAGAAGCGGUUUUGCUCCAUGCUGGAGCAGCUUGAGGCAUCGCAGGUGUUUGAAGAGCAGAGUGAGGUUCAGGAGCUCUGGGUUCGACUGCGGAAAGAACGGCCAGAACUCCUGGCCAGUUUUGAAGAGUUCCUCUUCCGCAUUUCCUCGUACGUCAGGGAUGUACACCAUGAGAAGGAAUCCAUGGAGCUAGCGUUGAAACGGAGGGAGGGAGACCAUGACCGAGAAAUCAGGUGCCUUUAUGAAGAAAUGGAGCAACAAAUUAAAGCAGAAAGGGAACAGCUGCUCAGCCAGGAGUCAGCGAGGCAUGACAAGAGCAGCCUGCUCCAGAAAGAGCUGCGGAACAAAGAGCAAGAAUUCGAGGCGAUGCUCUACCGUCAGAAAAAGCUAGAACAUCAAUUACAGUCCCAGAACACGGAGCAGCUGGAGAUGCGGGUCCAAAAUGAGCGGCUACGGCUUCUGAAUGAAAAUCUCCUGGACCAGGUGGAGAGAAGCAAAUGGGACUUGGAGGUAGCCCGAGCUCACCUGCAGCAACUGCAGAAAGCAGCCCAGCUGGAGCAGCAGCAGAAGGACAGGGAUGUAUUUCGAGUCUCUAAGAAUAUGCAGAAAGAAAAACAAAGCCUCCUACGACAGUUGGAACUGCUCAGGGAGAUGAACAAGAAGCUGCGAGAUGAGAGAGACGCCUUUGAAGCCAAGAAGCUGGCACCUGCUGAGAGAAAAAGGCCCCUGUUGAAGAAGGGGUCAGUGAUAGGCAAAUACCUAGUGGACGAGAAGCCAGUCAAAUGGCAGCUUGUUCCUGGAGAUUUUCCUCACGUCCUGCCAGAAGAGAUUUCUUUGGAAGAGCCGACCAAGAAAAAUGGGAAAUUCCUCCUGACCAACACAAUUAGUUUGAAGCAGGGAAGAGAAGGUAAUUCAUCCAUGGAGGAAUUUGCAGCCCCUAGGAAAACAACAGAGAGGCAAAAAACAGCAGGAAACUGUGGGAAGCCAAGGUCUCUGAAGAGCAAUACAAAGUGGAGGGAAAUGACGCAUGGUCCCACUGAUUCUCUUUUGUCCCUGAGAGGGCAACCCAUUGGCAAUGAAAAUGAGACAUCUGAACCAAUUGGCUCUUCUCCUGACCGCGUCUUCAAAGUAGUGUUUCUUGGCAACUCUGGAGUAGGCAAGAGCACCUUCAUCCAUCGCUUCUGCUACAAUAGAUUCCUGGCUGACAUCAGCUCAACCAUUGGCAUCGAUUACCAAGUGAAGAGUUUGAUGGUUGACAACACACAGGUGGUUUUACAGCUAUGGGACACAGCAGGGCAGGAAAGGUUCCGGAGUAUCACCAAGCAGUACUUCCGAAGAGUAGAUGGCAUCCUGAUCAUGUACGACAUCAUGACAGAGAGCUCCUUCACGGCAGUCCGAAACUGGAUAACUUGUGUCCAGGAUGGUAUUGAGGAUGGUGCAGUAACCUUUCUGCUUGGAAACAAAAUGGAUAUAGUAGACAAAGAGAAUCUAAAAGUGCCCAGAACUGAGGGAGAAAGGCUGGCAAAGGAAUAUAAGGCUGUCUUCUAUGAGUGCAGUGCAAGGACUGGCUAUAACAUUUUGGAACCCAUGCUGCAUAUGGCCAGACUGCUGACAGCCCAUGAGGAUAAGCAGAGAGAGUGGGCAUUGCACUUGGACGAAUACAGCAAGAGAAAAGGAUGCUGCUUGUAACAGGAAUAUAUGAGAAAAAAAAUCUGAGCCUGAGAAACAGAGUGGGCUGUUUCCAAGCAAGAUAGACACAGACAUUAUUGUCAGUGUUGGAACGGAAAGAAUUUUUUCUAAUUUCAAAAAAGAAAAAAGAAAAAAAGUGACAUCACACCAUUUAUACCUGCAAGUCACGCACACAUUUUCUGCAUUGCUUUAGAAGUUGGUCUGAGUAAUAUCUCAGGGGCUCAGCAUUAUCAGUUCCUCCAUAAAACCCUACAAGUUUGUUUUACAGGGUCAAAAGAAGGCACUCUGUAACAACAGGAAACAUACACAUAGAAGGAUUUGUACUGGAUUCAGUUAGUAAUAAUGAGAUAAGUACUCAAACAAAGUAGGUCCCAUUUAUUUAUAUGAACAGAUGGAGCUGCCUUUUGCUGAGUUAGAGGGCCACCGAGAGGAAUCCUGUCUACUCUGAUCGCAAGAGCUCUCCAAGGUCUUAGAUGGAGCCAGCCUUGCUACCUGUGACCCCGUCAGAGCCGGCUCAAAACUCAUUGCUGCUUGAAGUGGAGCCCAAAUGGGGUUCCUGCACCUUUGCCAGGGCCAAGACUUUAAAAGACUUGCUGCACUGUUAAGAUACAAAUCCCUGGGUUCUCUAUUCUCUUCUCAUAAUGUUGCUUAGAGCAGUGGUGGGCAGAGAUAGAUCUCCAGAUGUUUUGAACUUCAACUCCCAGAAGCCUCAGCCUGCAUGGCCAAUGACCAGGAAGGCUGGGGGUUGAAGUCAAAAACACCUGGAGAUCUACUUUCUGCCCACCCACCCCUGCCCUAGAACAGGUCACAUCAGCCUGCUGCCAGGAAGUAAACUGGGGACCUACU